ACAUAUUACAUGGCAUUAGCUUUGUAUAUUUACCAGAUUCCUCUACGAGUUCCAUAACAAAAACCCUUUUCGGAUUGAGUUGGGUUUUGAAUUUCAUUCAAGCUGGCGAAGUAUUUCACUCAACGCGACGUAACUCCGGCCAACGGCCGAGGGGAUUCCGGAUGCUGGUCGUUUCAGGCUGCCGGUGCCGUCCCCGACAUGGCUAUGCCGAGUGAUGAUGCGGUGGUGAUUCAGAAAGGGAAGAAACAAGGGGACCCAUUUGUAAUUACGGUCAAUUGCCCCGAUAAAACUGGCCUCGGUUGCGAUAUCUGUUGGAUUAUUCUUGAUUUCGGGUUAUAUAUCGUUAAAGGAGAUUUUACAACCGAUGGAAUAUGGUGCUACAUAGUAUUAUGGGUGUUCCCUCAUCCGACUUCACCAACUGUAAGAUGGUCAACCCUAAAAGAGCGUCUCCUUUCUAUCUGUCCAACAUUUUCUGUAUCAGCUUACUUAAAUGAAACACCCCCAAAACCAUCACCUUCUCCAGUCUACCUAUUGACAUUCUGCAGCACUGAUCGAAAGGGAUUAUUAAAUGAUGUGACUCGAGUGCUUUUUGAGCUUGAGCUUAUGAUCCAGAGAGUUAAAGUGACAACAACACCAGAUGGACGUGUCAUGGACCUAUUCUUUAUUACCGAUAACUUGGAGCUAUUACACACGAAAAAGAGGAGAGAUGAUGCAUGUGAUAGAUUGCAUGAUGUGUUAGGCGAAUCAUGUACAAAUGUGGAUAUCCGGUCAGCAGGUUAUAAAAAUGACAGCAUCCCAUCUAUCUCUUCUCUUUCAGAAGAAGCUGCCCGAGAAUUAUUCCGGUCAGAAUUAUCAGAAACAGAAGAACGUUCACAAGCUCUGAGUACAGAUGUAAAGAAGUUAAAACGAGCCAAUGUCAUAAUCGAUAACUCCUUAAGUCCAGCUCAUUCCCUCCUUCAAAUCAACUGUGUUGAUCACAAAGGUUUUCUCUAUGACAUCAUGCGAGUGUUAAAAGAUUUUGAUAUACAGAUAGCUUAUGGGAGAUUUUCGCCUGUUAACAAGGGGCAACGUGAUUUGGAUCUUUUUAUCAGACAAAGAGAUGGAAUAAAGAUUUUGAAUGUUGAGAUGCAAGAUGAAAUCAUUUCACGUUUGAAAUUGCAAAUGCUACACCCGUUGCGUGUGAUUAUAACCAAUCGUGGGCCCGAUAUGGAACUUGUGGUUGCUAAUCCGGUGGAGUUAUCCGGUAGGGGUAGGCCACAAGUGUUUUAUGAUGCUACUCUUGCGCUGAAGGUUCUUGGGAUAUGCGUGUUCUCGGCUGAGAUUGGAAGGCGGCAUUCAACGAGAGAGAAUGGUGUAUGGGAAGUGUAUAGGUUCCUUUUAGAGGAGAAAAGCAAAUACAAAACGGUGGUUAAGAAUCAAAUUGUUGACAAGGUUAGAAGAGCACUAAUGGGAUGGUGAGGUAUUACUUUGUUAAUUUUUUUUUCAAGUGUCAUAAGAAUCUCUAAACUCUCAAGACUUGUAAUACUUCAUGUUUGUUCUAGUUAGUUGGGAGAUUGUGAUUUAUGUUUCCAAUGUUAGUUGUGCACUAAUUUGAUUUGAUUUGAUUGGAUUUGGUAGGUAGAUAGAAGAUGAUGUUUG